AUGGCUGUCGUCAGCGCCACAUCUCCGUCUCUGCUCUGCUGCACCGACCGCCGCACCGUUUUUUCAGCUAGACCCGCACUAGGCUCUUGGCCCAAGACCCAAUUUUGCACACCGAAGCCAUUUUUGGCGGCACUGGACUCCCAAACGUGGCCUUCACAACCGCCCGCAACCUACAAAAGGGACUCCAAACUGACGCCUCUCGUGUGCCGCGCGGAUCGCCGGAAGCCCACCACCUCCGUCCAGCAGGAGAACGAUGGCUCCGAACGGCUGCUUCAGAUUGCUCUGUGGCUUGCUGAGGGAGUCUACAUUUUGUGGCUUUUUCUCCUUCCCUAUGCUCCUGGAGACCCGGUGUGGGCUAUUAGUUCGGAUACAGUGAACUCUCUUGUGGGGCUCUCUCUUAAUUUCUUCUUCAUCUUGCCUUUUCUCAACUCCGUUGGUGUUGGUUUGAUUGAUGCCCCAGUUCUUCACCCGAUGUCUGAGGGACUAUUCAACUUUGUGAUUGGGUGGACAUUCAUGUUUGCUCCUCUGCUGUUCACGGACCGAAAGAGGGACAGAUACAAGUGGUCUCUCGACGCCUUAUGGGGUUUUCAGAUGUUUCUCACAAACACUUUUCUAAUACCUUACAUGGCUAUUCGGCUGAAUGAGGCUGAGUCCGACUCCACUCCAAGCACGCGCUCACAACUUGGAUCAGUGAUGACUAGUGGAGCUCCCAUCGUUGGACUUGCUGGUGGAGCAAUAUGUCUAAUAUCUGCAUUAUGGGCUCUUUUUGGCCGGAUGGACGGCGACUUUGGAAGCAUUUCAGACCGAUGGGAGUUCUUGAUCGGUUACCUAGGAUCGGAGAGGCUGGCUUAUGCAUUCAUUUGGGACAUCUGUCUUUACGCCGUCUUCCAGCCCUGGUUGAUAGGUGACAAUCUGCAAAAUGUUGAGAGCAGCAAGAUUGGUAUCGUAAAUUAUCUUAGAUUUGUACCAGUUGUUGGCUUAGUUGCUUACCUCGUUUGUCUGAAUCUUGAUGAGGAACUGUAGCAUUACAGCAAGUAAAUGUCUGAUUUAAAUGAGUGUAACAAAGACAACACAGUGUUGUACAACAUGAGCAUGAAGCUUCCUCUA